CGGAGGUGACGCGCAGGCAGAGGACUUACAUAAAAAUCCUCCGAGGACUUUUCAGGCGCUUUUUAACGCGUUAAAGUGUCGGUGCACCGGGUGGAAAUACCGGAACGUCGGGAAUAUGAAAAGUUGGGACAGUUUGUUGGCGUCUGGCGGACGUUUGGACUAAAUAAAGAAAACUAAAAGUAGAUUGUUUGUUACAGCUCGGACGCAGCCGAGGAGCGUUCAGGGGAUUUCUCCUGCUUACUUUCUGCCUCAUUUUCUACAUCACUGUACUUUUCUGUCGUCUCUCACGGGAUCUGAUUCCUCCGGACACGUCUGGACCUGCUGAGCUGCACACAAACCGUGGAUAAAGCCACUUUGCCCCGCUGUGUUGGCUCUGAGUUCACCAUGCUGCCGAGCACGGCGAUUUACGCGGUGAAGAAACGGAAGAAGCCGGUCCAGAAAAUCCCCAAACCUCCACCUCCCGAUGGAGCCAAGUCCAACCCGUCCAAACGUCACCGUGACCGGCUCAACGGUGAACUGGACAAGCUCACCAGCCUGCUGCCCUUCACCGAGGAGGUCAGGGCUCGGCUUGACAAGCUGUCCGUCCUCCGCCUCAGCGUCGGGUACCUGAAGGUCAAGAGCUUCUUCAACGCCACCAUGAAGAAAAGCCAGAACGGCUCCAGCUGGACCAGCGAGCGGAGCCUGAUGUUCGGGGGAAACGUCCAGAACACGCUGACUCCGUCCUCCACCACCCCCUCCACCACCUCUUCUUCCUCGCCCUUCUCCUCCCAGGUGACCUCUAUCGACGGAGUCAGCUUCUCUGAGGGAGACCUGCUGCUCCAGGCGCUGAACGGCUUCGUGUUGGUGGUGACGGCUGAAGGUUACAUCUUCUACACAUCCCCCACCAUCCAGGACUUCCUGGGCUUCCAUCAGUCGGACGUCGUCCAUCAGAGCGUGUUUGAGUUGAUCCACACAGACGACCGAGCUCUGUUCAGGCGGCAGCUUCACUUCGCCCUCAAACCGACUUCCAGCCACCCCGACGGCACCGUAGGGAGUCCCAGUGAGCAGGACUCAGCAGAUAUCAGCAGCAGUGUGAUGACCUACGACCCUCAGGCCAUCCCUCCAGAGAAUUCAUCUUUCCUGGAGAGAAACUUCUGCUGUCGUUUCCGCUGUCUGCUCGACAACUCCUCCGGCUUCCUGGCCCUGAACUUCCGCGGCCGCCUGAAGCUGCUCCACGGUCAGAGCCGGGUGUCGGAGGACGGGACGUUGGUUCCACCUCAGCUCGCUCUGUUCUCCAUCGGCACGCCGCUGCAGCCGCCGUCCAUCCUGGAGAUCCGCACCAAGACGCUCAUCUUCCAGACCAAACACAAGCUGGACUUCACGCCCAUGGGAAUCGACACCAGAGGGAAGGUGGUUCUGGGUUACAAUGAAGUAGAGCUCUGCAUGAAGGGGUCAGGCUACCACUUCAUCCACGCUGCAGACAUGAUGUACUGCGCUGAGAACCACUUAAGAAUGAUGAAAACCGGAGACAGCGGUUUCACCGUCUUCAGGCUGCUGACCAAAAGUGGGACGUGGGUCUGGGUCCAGGCCAACGCCAGGCUGGUUUUCAAAGCAGGGAAACCCGACUUCAUCGUGGCCCGGCAGAGAGCUUUGACAAAUGAAGAAGGAGAAGAACAGCUACGCCUCAGACGCCUGCAGCUGCCGUUCAACUUCGCCACUGGAGAGGCGUUGCUGUACGAUAUCGCCCCGACCGUCGACAUCCCCGACGCGUGCUCUGCCCCGAAACAGAGGAAGGUAGACAACUACUCUGUCAACCCCAACUCCAUCCUGGGCUGCAUGCUGAGUCAGGACCAGUCUAUCUACUGUGAACACAACAACACCCUCUCCUCCCUCAAUGAUGUCGCCUUCAAGGACACCCACGCUACAGUCAAUGUUCCUGGAGACAUCUGGCAGCACGCUUCACCCAAGCCCGUGGUGGGAAGUGUGGUGAAGUCAGAGGCCACGGUUCAGGACAUGAUGGAGACCCUGCAGCAGAUCCUCGGGGACAACAACCUCACUGACGUCCUGGACGUGGGGCCUGACGAGCUCAAGAGCUGGGAGAGUACGCUGCUGAGGAUGAGCACCAACAGCUGCGAGAUGAGCGAAGACCUGAAUGACAUUCUCAGCAACGACAUCCUGUCUUAUGUUGAGGAGCAGCUCCAGAAGGAGGGUGGGCUCAAGCUGCCAGAUCAGCUGGAUGACGUACCAGCCUGCCUCUCCACGUUGGACCUCCAGAACCAGGAUCCCGAACAAGCUGGGGAGCAGAACUUCGGCUGGCCUCUGGAGCUUCAGAACCAGCUGAUACCAAACGGAGGGCAGAUGAUGAGUGGGCAACCGACUGCAGUCCUGGAGACCAUGAAACUGACCCACAUGGAUCUUCCACAGUUGAAUUCUUCUGGUCUAAACGGUCCAACCCUUCAACAGAUCGCCUCCCAGCAAAUGCUGCCCACCGCUGUUGGUCUUGGCAACGCUUGUGCUCCAGUGACCUUUAACCCUUCCCUGACAGACUCUUGUGCACAGACACAGAAUCAGCUGAGGACCUCACAAGUCACUGCUAAGGAAAACAGCCUCGGAGGGUUCAGACAAACCAAUCAGCUUCACUCCAACCAAAUCCAAAACCACGUGAAGAUGAGGAUGCCCAGCAUCCAGGACCAGAGCGCAGAAAGAAAGUUAAAUCCUGUGUUCAGCUUUCAGGGCGACCAGUGGAGCUCCUCUGUCCCCAACUCAAGCCAAGCUGACAACUUCGUACAAACAUACACCCAAAAUAUUUCAAACGAAUCAGGUUUUACCGCAGAUCCUCCCUCGUCCAGCUGCUUACAGGGACACUUUGCACUUCAGACUCAGAACACUGAGAAUCAGAGACAGUCUUGGCCACUGGAGCAGCAGCAACAGCAGCUGAUCUCAAGCGGACACCAACAAAUGGGCGCCUGCCUCAACCAAAUGUCAGGAUUUCAUAGGAAUCCUCCUCCUGGAGUUGUGGCCCCACAAACCACUGUCAACGGCAGGCCAGUGUUCAGGACUCAAGAGACUCCCAGUGUACCAUUUCCUGCUCAGCAGGGUGUGGAACCGCCACCUCUGGCGCCUUCUAGCAGUUGUAUGUUCAGAAAUGCCCCCACGUCUGUGCCUGUAAACGGAGUGAACUUCAGUCAGGCGCCCUCCUGCCAGCGAAUGAACACAGCCAGCAGCAACCAGAUCCCCUCCAAGCUCUCCUGUUUCUACCAGGGUCUCCCCGGAGGAGGGUCUGUGCCAGGGCUGACGGCGAUACCAAAUCCUGAUGAGGCAGCGCUGUCCUGUCAAAUGACCGCUGGUCUCGACCUGAACGGCCUGCUGGUGCAACAACAACAGCAUCUUAACUUUAGUGAACAGACCCAGAUCAACAGCCGUCCAGUCGUCGGGAACGGAGGUUUCCCUUUCCCCUCGCUGCCCGAUGGGAACGCAUACUACUCAGAGAACAAAUAGGACUUAGCCGCUGUGACUUCUGGAUGGCAGAGGAUCCCUAUUCGCAGUUUAAAGGAAACAAAAGACUCCUGUCUCUAAACAUGAAAGUGGAGUAGACUGAAGAACAGAAAUGUGCCCCCAAAAAGGACGAGGAGACAAAACAGGACACCUCUCCUUGUCUUUUUUUCUUACUGUGUAAUGAAAGCUUUAAGUUUGGUUAAGGAUAGCUGGUCUUUGGUCGAGGAGGAGAAGUCCAGAGGAGCUUGUUUUGUUUUUGUCGAAGCUGGAUAUCAAAGAAGAAGUGUGAAUUGUUUUCAUGGAGCUGGUUGGAUUGUACCAAAAGCAGAAAACGCCUGACCUAAAUCAGUGAUUUCUUUUGUGCAAUGAUCAAGUUUGAGAAAUUCCAUCGCAAACGCAUCUGGAAAAGCAGUCUCAGGAUGUGUGAGGAUUUCUCUGCAGCAUUCUGCAUCGUCCCGUUCAUUCCCAGCAAUUUGACCAAUGGAGAAGAACAUUCAAGCCAGUGAUCGACUGCGGUUGUUGUUUGGUGGGAAUAUUUCCAUUUAUGGGGGAAGUUGACAGAAGCUGAUCGGAGACAGGGAAGUUCACCAGACGUGCCUCCUCAUCACUUGAGUCUUUUCUCUUGUAAAACCAAAUAAUCAGCAGCUGUUCUGAUUGCAGCUCUGAGUCCCACCUUUAAUCAACAGCAUCUCACCUUCACGGCUUCAUUCUGGCUCAUUUACCUCAUUUGACCUUUGACCUGCAGAAACACUGUGGAGUUGGUGCCAGUUUUGUUUGCAUUUUACAGCACAGUCCCACCAAUAGCGUCACGCUGUUUGACCGAGGACGGAAUUUCAUUUUUAAUUGGACGAGUUUUCUGACAUUUGCAUGAGAAAAGACUCGGUUGGUUUGUGUUGGUUGUGGUUUGUGCGUCUCUGGUGAAUUUCUCGUGCACAGGCCUCACUGAUACCUCUGUCUCAGACACGGUGGAUCAGACUGUCCCAAACAUUGCUCCGAGACUGACUGACCUGAAUGAAAGUUCAAAGAAAGAACACAGAGACAACCUCCUGUUAAUCCUCUGCUGUCUCUGACGCACAACCACCGCACACCUACUCCCCAAAGAUCUCUCUGUUUUCUACUUUGAGCUCUCAGAAGGAUGAAAUGUAUAUCUGUAUUAUUGUUUUGCUGUUUUUGUCCUUUUGAAAUUGCAUCUUGAUUAAGUUCAUUUCAACUCUUUACUGUCCCACUGAGGGAGAUUUGCUUUGCAGACAGGGUAUAUAAAAAAAAAUGAAAAAGAAACGCACAACAAAAUCACAGCAUCAUCCUACUAACAGUUUUAUGAUCUAAACAAGAGAUGAUUCAGUGGAAACAGCUGCUUGUUAGUGCAUCUUUUAUGUAUUUGAAAAGCAGUCGGAGCUUUGUCACUGAGCCAGUUUUCUUUCUUCUUUAUUUUCCUUUUCUUUCAUUUUUCUGUGUUGUUGUUUUCCUCUUUUAGAGGAAAAAAAUACAGAUGGUGCCUUAAACUGACAGACCUGUUUGAGACUUUAAAGGGACAGUCUGUUGCAAUUUAAAAACAUUUCCAUCAGGAAUAUGAGCAAAAAGUCGCAGUGGAAAUUAAUUUUUGACCGAAACCAAAGUUAAACUCGCCCUCGCCUUAGCUUCACCAAGCCAGUUUUUAAAGAUUGAUUGCACUAUUCCUUAAAAAUGUUGCCAAAGCAUAGUGAAGAGAAAAUAAUUCACAAAUCCCAUGUCUUACAGGACACUAAGAGCUUUAUUACGAAAACAGAUUCCCUGAACAGGUGUUCAUGGUUAAAUUAGCACAAAUUCAGAAGAAAUGAUGCUUUCAACAGAAAGGAUCCUCUAGAUUUAACUGAUACUGGAUUAAGUCAUUAUCAUGGCUUCUUGGAAUGAAACACAACAUGAAUAAAUAAUAAUUCUACAUUUUUUAAUAAGAAUGAAAAAGAAAAAUACACCCGUGUCUAAGUAGACUUAUUCUUUUAUUCUAAACCAGGAUUUUUUGGGAUCUGAACUUCACACGAAACCUGAAAAUCGAAGAGCAGAAUGUCUGUGUCAGUCUCUCUGUAAGACACUGACUGAGAGAGUGGACUCUUUUAUUCAUAUUUUCCACAGCAGAUUUCCGUCCUGUUCAUCUUUCCUCUUUCUGUCUUGUGGUUUAUUUAUCGACGUUCUUGCUCGGACCGGGAGUAUCGCCGAUCGUCCGGCAGCGAAGCGCAGAAGUAAAACAGUUAAAGGCAGCUAUUGUAUAUUUUAAAUGAGGAAAAAAUGGAAAAAAUUAACACGUCACAAGUUUAAAAAAAAGGGUGGAAACUUCAAGUGCCUUUUAAAUGAGCUCUUUUUGAUUGUCUGUUGAUCUUAAAAACGUGAUUCAGCACUUAGAUUGAAACAAACACCGCGAGAAAGCCUCAAACUUUGCACCCAAUCGCUUCAUCCACUACUGAGUCGCAAAAUCUGCUUUUUUUCUAAGCAAGUUUUGUGUCACUCAGUUUUUAGCACUUCUGAAACUUUUUUAAACAACGCCUCUUUUGAAUGGAUAAUUUGCAGCAGAUUUUAGAAGCUGCAAAAGACAAAAUUAGCGACCACAAACUUGAAUACUUGACUUAAAUACCAAAAAGUAGUCAGUGAAGCCAUCUGUGAUGCUUUAUUCUGGAGGAUACCAAAGGGACAAGUCAGAAUACAUAAUAUAGAUUUUUAAUGGUUUGUGGAGACACAACAACGAUUUCUACCAUCUCUGAGGGUCGUCGAACAGCAUUCUGGGUAAUGUAGUAAACCAUAACUGCAGUAACAGUAGGAGGCAGAUUGAGUUCUACAGUUGUUUUUUUCAGUUUAUUUUGGGCUCAAACUGUCACCUAACAGCUGCAUCAGAAAAACAUCUGCUGUAUGUCAGAUUAGCUGACGCGUUAUGAGCCAGAGCCGUGGGAAAAUAGUGUAAAUGUUAAUAAAGCCACACAAAUCCCCAGAUUUCUCCUCAUGCAGCUCGCUGUUGAUGUUUUGGUGAACUUCAUCAUGAGGUUUAAAACAUGGACAGUGAGCUCAGAGGACGUUUUUGGCAGAUUGGCAGUGUUACUCAGCACAAACAACUGAGCGUGUUAGCAGGCGAUUCAGCAAAAAUCAUCACAGAUGGUGUUCAACAGAGGCUGAAUCUCUAACACUCAAAAUGAAGCGUGACAUUCAAAGGUGUGUGAUUUUUCACAUCUCUCGUCUUUUACUUUCAGUCAGAGCCUUUUUCUCACAAAGUAUUCUGCAUAUUGAAAUAUAAAUAUAUCUUGUUGCUUUCUUCUAGAUUGUAAUGAAAACAAAGCCAUUGUACUUAUACUUUUUUCAAAAACAAGGCUCCAAAAUGCAGUAUCUUUGUGUACCUGUAUAUAAAUGUCUAUAUUUGUCUUCUUUAUUUUUCAAAAUAUGUAUUAUCAUAUAUUGUGUAUUUUAAUAUCAUAUUGGCUUUAGACUCACGCCUAUCAUUUUUGUACAUUGUCUGCACAGCAUAUACAUAUAUAACCUCCUGUUAUGAUGUUUGUUUUUGUAAUUUUUCAGCUUAUUAUAUCUUGUGGAUUUGCCUUCAAUAUUUUGCUUCUAACAGUGUAAGAGUGUUCAAGUCAGUAUGUUCGUGCUCACCACAUUAAAGGUGAUCUGAUCACACUGCAGUUUCACCGUGUGUGGUGUCAGAA